CAGCGGCUGCAAAGCAGGGCUCGCGCUGCCUGUUUUCACUGCCGCAGCGGCUGCGCCGGAGAGAAGGUGGGACUCGCUCUCCUGUCCCCGUGGGUCGGGACUCCGCUCGCCAGGAAAAGUUGUUCUCUUUCCUGUAUCCCAUUGAAGACCAGAGCAGGAGAAAGAGGAAGCCGUGUCUGUGGAAAACUAAAAGGUCUCAUUUGUGCUCCAACUUUUACUCACCCUGAGAGAGAUCUGCUGAGCCGGGAAGAUGCGUGAGUACACGGAGAAGAAGGAGACGUGCGGCACUAUCUGCCUCAAAUACCUGCUCUUCAUCUUUAACUUCUUCUUCUGGCUGGCAGGUGGGGCGGUGAUGGCGGUGGGUAUCUGGACUCUGGCCGAGAAGAGCGACUAUAUCAGUCUCCUGUCCUCCAACACAUACAUGGCGACUGCAUACAUCCUGGUGGUGGCGGGGAUCGUCGUCAUGAUUACUGGCAUCCUCGGGUGCUGCGCCACUUUCAAAGAGCGGCGGAAUCUGCUGAGAGUGUACUUCAUAUUGCUACUGUGUAUUUUCCUGCUUGAGAUCAUUGCUGGAAUCCUGGCCUAUAUCUACUACCAACAGCUGAGUAUGGAGCUGAAGCAAAACCUGAAGGAGACUAUGACCCAGAAGUAUCGGAAGGAGGGAGAGGAGGGCGUGACCAGCGCGGUGGACAAAUUGCAGCAGGAGUUCAAGUGCUGCGGCAGCAAUAAUGCUACAGACUGGAGUGAGAGCAUCUGGAUCAAAUCCGCGGAGGCCGGAGGGCGGAAAUUCCCAGACAGCUGUUGUAAGACGAUAACAGAAGGGUGUGGCCGGAGAGACCAUCCUUCCAACAUCUACAAGGAGGGUGGCUGCAUCACUAAGUUGGAAAACUUCAUCCAGGAACACCUGAAAAUUAUUGGAGCGGUGGGGAUUGGCAUUGCUUGUGUUCAGAUCUUUGGAAUGAUCUUCACCUGCUGCUUGUACAAGAGUUUAAAGUCAGAACCAUACUAGGAGCACCAGGAAAUCCAUCAGCUCCCCUUCUACCACCACCCUCAAUGUCUGUCAACUCCACCAGCUUCUACCCAGCAGCAAAGAAACAUCAGUAACUCGAGGACUUGCCUUCCUUAUGAGGUGACUCUUGGAUCAUCCAGCACCUACCCUGCCUCUGCCAGAGAAGGCCACCCUCCUUGAGGUGGCACAGGACGGCCAGGAGUGCAGGAGUUCCCUGUGUGUUCUAGAGCAAUUGAACUGCAGAUUCCAUUCUGCUAGAAGCUUUAACAAACCAGGCCCAUGUUGCAACCUCAAAGAGAAAUCAUCCAAGCCCAUUGGGGCCCAGCCGUUGAGGAAUUGGGAUUCCACACAAGAACAAUGGUUUGCUCUGGCUGAUAGACCACUCAGCAGUCUGUGCACCGACCAUGAGGACGGAUGAUGUCUCUGUGCUGGGUGGGAGCCUACAUCAAUUCUCACAUCCAGGAAGUUCCCCUUGGGCUAUGCCCAUGCCCUAACAGAGCUAUAUUCCAUCUGUACCUGCUGUUGUCAGUUGCUGCCGUCACCUCUCUCCAUCUCCCCAGCAGGAGGAUGACCUGCCAGAACUCUCAUCUUGCCUGAGGCGUAGCCGGCGGGGAUUACCUUGCCCCUUCUUCCUCAAAGCCUCCAUCCCACGUAGAGUCCAUUGGGGUAACAGGGGCUCUUUGCCUUCAGUGACUGGAGAGGGAGUGUUCCAUCAUUUUCUGAUUCUCUGCGAUUUAUAUUUUAUUUAGUGGCUUCCAGUGUAAAUAGGAAAAAUUAACUUGUCCCCUCUUGUGCUCCCUGUCUGACAGGCCUUACAGUGGGCCAUGGGGGGAAUGUGUUGUACCUUGCCGCAUAUGGGUGUUUAAAUCCUUUGCCCUUUCAGUUGCCGGAAUGGCCUACUGAAACACCACUCCCCAGAGAAACCCUCUUCUGUGACGAGAUACUCCCCAGCCGUAUGGAUUAAUUUCUGCCCAAGAGAGACGGGUGUGGACGCUGCGAAGGAAAUGCACUAAGGGUUUUGUACAGGCCUCUCUGGAUCUCAUUAAUCAGUUAGGCUCUAAUUAAAUCUGUAACCCUGCUUUCUCAUUCCUCUCACUCAAUAGCCUGCAGGAUCAGCUUCAUCUGACUGCAAAACAGACUUGGUAAAUUGGUAGCACCAGGGGAUGCUAGUUAACUGUCUGAUUAGUGUAAAUGUAUCAUGACUUCACUAGAAUCCAUGGCACUUUUCAGGGGAAAAGAUGUCUGUUGCCAACAUAGUCUCUCCCUAUGGCUGUGAACCAUGAUGCCAGCUGGGUGCUAGCUUGAAUUCCUGGCAGCUGCUGUGCUGCCCAGGGAUAUUACUUUGAAUCGCCGGUGUUCCAUCGGUGCUUUCAAAGGAUAGACCCGGCACCCGGGCACCUGGCAGGCUUUGCACACACAAGUCAGUGCAGCUGUGAAAUUUACAUAGCGCCUUUAGAGACGCAUGGGUGAAAAUUGGGUCCUCGAAUGCCCAAACUGGUAAUUAGCUCUGAAGUGAAACUAAAUCAGGAUUGGAUGCCUUUCUAAAAAAAAAAAUGCGCUCAAGCUCAACCAUCAGCGAUAGGUUUGAUGCAGGAGUGCUUCCCAUCAUAAGCACGCUCAGUAACCCCCUUCCAUCCCAGGAAUUCACUAUAUGAACCCAGCACAGCAUCCUGUGCAUGGUGACCCCUGCUCUAAAGGAUUUACUAUGCCCCCCCAGCACAGCAACAGAUUCACUGCAUUCCCUGGAGCUGGAUCCUAGAUGCUCUGAAUAAGUUUUGUUUCACAGAGAUCUCUGUGGUCCUGGUGCUAGAGGGGAGAAAUCACAAGCUACUGAGGCAUGUAAUUUAUCCCUGAUGAUCAGCAACUGCAAAUCCCAUCCCCCAAACUGGUUAUUCCCCUCUCAGUCCCUUCAGAAGUUGGCCAGGAACAGCAGGUCCAGGGUGAAGUGAAGAAAGGGUGAAGUGAUGAAGUGAAGUGAAAGCACAUGUGGGGUUGUGCAGAAAAGUGAAUAACAGGGCUGUGUGGGUUGGCCUGCUUGAAAGUCCCAGCCUAAGAGUGUCCGUGGAUCCUUGGAGCCCCUUCCUCUGUCAGUAAGAGUGAACAAAGGUGGAGCGUGGGUUGGGAAAGUGCAUUCACUGCAGGAGACAGUAUAAACUGAGUGUCUUAUUCCCUUCCUUGGCCUUUUGUUAUGGAGUUUGUUGUGACUCUAGGCACAUACUGAGCCCCGCAGCCAGACAGUUAACAGUUGUGGAAUCCCCUACAGGGCCUGCUUUGCUCCAUAUACAAGAAGCCUCCUGGUAAGAGGUUUAAAAGGUGUGGGGGAAAAAAAAAAUCAGGGCAGGUGCAACUGGGAAUCCCCAAUGCAGCAGCAACAUGAAAUAAUUCUAGAUGCUAACAGAGAGCACGGGGGAGGGGUAUUUUUGCCCCCUGGGGUGGUGGAAGGGGGAAAGAGAACCUAAAUUAUUACAAACACUCUAAAUGAUAAAACUCUAAAUUAUUGCUCGUUUUACAUUUCGGUUCCUGAGAAGUUGACUAUUAACAAAAAGGAAAAUACUGAGCACAUUGCUUGAAGCAAUAGUUCUAGUUACUUAAGUGUGUAUUGCUAGUUGUCUAUACCCACUCCCUGGAAGGCAUACUGUCCAGAGGGAGGGAGUGACCAGGCCUUUGUCCGCUGAGCUGUUUUAUAUUCCCCUAUGUAAUAUUAAUGGGUUUUUUUUUAACUCAGUUUAAGUUGCUGGUCACUAGACAAUAAAGCUAAAGCCUCUCUACUUAUCCUUUGUAACAAUACCAAAGAGAUAACAUGCAGUAGUGGUUAUCCCAGCAGGGCUGCAGGGUCUACAGUGACAGGAAGUGUCUCGGAGAAAACAGGCCAAAGCUGGAAGCAGAGGUUCUAAGUCUGGGGGUUCACGCUCCUCAAAGGGGUUGCAAACAAAUGUGAGGAAAUCACAACAACCCCCCUCCUUCCCAUAUUGUUGAGUGGGGGUCUCCAUCUGGAAAAGCGCUGAUCUACAGGAGCUGGUUUUCAGAGUGCUGAGCACCCGCGGGUCCUGGGAGCUGUUGAUGCUCAGCGCUCCUGGAUAUCUGAUCCUGCACGGUGCGGAGAGCCACUAACCCCCAUUGAAGCCAAUACAAGUUUAGGGCACUUGGCACCUCCUGUUUCCCAACAAGAGGCCUGAUCAGAGCUCAUAGAAGUCUAUGGGAAAACUCCCAUUGGCUUCACUGGGCUUUGGCUCAGGCCCACGCUGAAGCAUGUGUCUCGGGGUACGAGUGCGCAUAGUAUACAGUACACUCUGUAAAUAACAAGGGCUGAAUAAAUAGUGAGCAUGGGACAGGAUAAAAAAAACCUGCUGGACCCAGCUGGUCCUUCAACCUGACCAAGUUGAUCUGGGAGAAUAGAGUGGGAAGCAGGAGACAAAUUAGUUCCAUGACGCUGUUUAGCCAGCUUGAUAGGGGUCCAGUCCUGCAAGGUGCAGAGCAACCACAGCUCCUAAGGUAGCUGAGGACCCAGCAGCUCAUGGAGUCAGGCCCUGAGUGAGCGCACACAGUGUGCCGCAUGCUCCGCUUCACAGUCAUUGCCCUCAUGGGAACGGCCCUGCUGUCCAUGACACAUGCAAAGACUGACAGCUGAGGCAGCUCCUAUCCAGCCCAGCGGCUAGUGCUGCUGGCUCUGGCCUGCCAGGGGCUGUGUUCAAGUCCUGGCAGCAGUAACAGGCACGAUGUGCAUGAGCAGUGAGUCCAACCCCUGCCAGAGAGCCCUGUUCCAUGGUUAAUUCUGCUCGACCGUCUGACCACCAUUGCACCCACCCAUGCACACUACACUUAACUGAAGUCCUCCACGUCUGGUACAGGGGCUUGCACUGGCUACUGCAGGUCAGUGGAAUGCAGCACCAUUGUGGUGCCAUACAAUGAGCUCUGCUUCUGCCUUGGGGCCUGUGCCACAGGGAUGCAUUCCUGUGUCUGUGGCCUGGGCACAUCCGUGCCCUUGGCGUAGGUCACAGCUGUCUAGCCUCAGCCCUGGAUGUGUGCACGGAGAGUGCAGGAGCAGACAAGUCUGGCAGCCUCUUUGCAGCCUAGCUUUGAGCUCACCCUGCAUUUGCCUUAGGAAUUGAAAAUGACAACCAUAAACCACAAGUGUCCCCCUUAUUAGCCCUGUGCCAAUGUGAUAGGAGCAAAAGCCUGGAGAAAUGUCCUCCUGCCAUUAACAUGUCUGACCACAGAGUGGCACUGUGCAUCCCACAUAGAGUGUCUCGCAUGAAGCAUUGCUGCAUCCCAGCUAACUGAGCUGGGCCUAAUGCAAAUGGUGUAGCUUUUAGGGGGUGCACCUGCCAGGCGCCUCGCCAGACCUGAAGAGAGCAUAUUGCACGUAACUCCAGAAGAGUGGAAGUGGAGAGGCCUCUGCUUCUCUCCUCUGAUGGAAGGAAGUUAGUCGCAGCUCUAGAAAAAUGUGCAUUUUCACAUCACAUGGUAGAUUCUGUUAUCGCAGACUGCGCUGAGGUUGGCCUGGGGCUUGGGGAAAUGUUGCAACGUACUCAGGCCUAAAAGGGGGGACGUGAGAGCAAAAGCUUGUUCAAACCACCUUAUGUAAUAAAUACAGCUCUUGGUUCACCCUCUGCCUGUCCUUCCCUCAUGUUCCUAACUUUGUUUCCUCCCUGGGCAGUUCACAUGCAUUGGAACUGGCCCAGCCAGAAGUAUCACACAGCACUUCCUCCACUGAGCCCCAUCGGCUUGGGGUGAGCUCAUUCACUUGCGCUUCCUGAGCUCAGGGUGGGCCAGUUACACUUUAUUGUUACGCCUAUCAUGGUUCUAAUUGGCUUAGCUCUUGGAGCCCAAUGGGCACACAACAAAAUCUCUGGUCCUUUUGGGAGUGUUGGAAAACACACCACUCUUCCUGGGAUAGUCCUCAUCUUCACACCUCAGGAUAACCCCGCUGUCCUUCCCCAUUGCCGUAUGCUUCACGCUGACCCAACUGCCCCUUCCCCAGCCCCAUUGUCCUCUCCUCAGUGCCAUCUGCCCAUACUAACCCAACUACCCCCUCCGCAUUGCUAUAGGCCUCACGCUAACCCAACUGCCCCCUCCGCAUUGCCGUCUGCCUCACACUAACCCAGCUGCCCCCUCCGCAUUGCCGUAGGCCUCACGCUAACCCAGCUGCCCCCUCCGCAUUGCCGUAGGCCUCACGCUAACCCAGCUACCCCCUCCGCAUUGCUGUAGGCCUCACGCUAACCCAAUUGCCUUCUCACCAUCUCCCAGGAGACGCCAGGCCAGGAACAUGUAUUGGGAUCUCUGCAGAGACCCCCACUCCUCCCAUGUCUCCUACUUAAUCUGGAGGGUUUCCCAAGAGACCUUGUAAAGCUUGUUUCUUUUGCAGCCUAUGAAUUCCCUCCUUGGCAUGGUUCUUGGCUGCUGCUUUCCUUGGCGCCUGUGCACAGACACUAGACCCCCCCUCCCAUCUCCAUCCCCACUUACUCCCUCUCUUUGACCAUGGAGCUGCCCAUAAUAUCGUUCAUCCCCUCAAUCAAACAGGAAUUAUUUUGUGGCAGUUCAAGGGCCCGUGUUAUACAGGUCCGAUGAGAUGAUCACAGUGCUCCCUUCUGGCCUUCGAAUCUAUGAAUCUGCCUCAUGCUGCUCUGUGCUUCUCUGAGUGCUCUGAGUGGGUUCAGCAAGGCACACUGCUUCAUGGAGAACAUGAUAUUGCAAGCUCUUUAGGGUAUGGCUACACUUACAAAUCUGCAGCGCUGGUAGUUGCAGCGCUGGUCGUCCAGCUAGUUGUAGAACGGUGCUUUUAGCCAUGCCUGAUGUUUUGUAUAACUGUUUUUGUACUAAUGUGGAUGGCGGCUGACCCUGACAUCGGGAUUUGCGAGAUAUUAGCCCCUUACCAGGGCACCUGUUAGCGUUUCACGGCCAGCCGCCUGUCUUUGGUUCGCGGUGCACUGGUUAGCACAGCUGGCGCAGGGACCGAGGCGCUGCAUUGGUUAGCAUUGGCCAGGUGUGUGCCUGUGAGGUGCAUGUGUUGCUCACUGCACCGCUGGCUAACAUUGCUCACACGCGGCCCUGGGAGCUGCUAUAAGAUGCUAAUAUGGCAAUUGGGCUUUUACUGUUCUGCUAUUUGUAACCUGGCCUAUUUCCGUGCUAUUAAAGUGCAGCUGUUAUAACCUC